GCUGGACUCCAGCGUUCAGCAAUCAGUUGCUCUCUCGCUUUCAAGCGCAGCACAGCACAUGUUGGUUCAAACACAACCGGAUAAUACCAACAUGGCUUACAAUCCUUUCCUUAUGCAUCGACCUGUGGAGUAUGGUGUCAGCUCAAUGCUCCACCAGCCACAGUAUCUCUCCCCCCACAUGACUCUGCCCCACCCUGGCCUCGCGGCCUCUAUGCUGGGCAAGCAGUUCGGACGGUCGGGGAUAAGUCCAGCAGACCUGCUCGCUCAUCAUGAUCCGUACAGAUCAUUGAGAGGAGUCGAGCCCGUCCAGGACGUUGACGUGCAGGAUGAUCCGAACGUCGAGUUGGAGGCUAUGGAUCUCUGGACCCAGUUUAACAAACACGGAACGGAAAUGGUUAUCACAAAAUCUGGAAGGCGCUUGUUUCCUGGAUUUCGCGUGAAAUUGACUGGUUUGGACAAAAAGUCCAAAUACAUACUGCUGAUGGAUGUCGUUCCCGUCGACGACUGCCGUUACAAGUUCCACAACGGUAAAUGGACAGUGGCCGGUAAAGCUGACCCCGAGAUGCCCAAGAGGAUGUACAUCCACCCCGACUCCCCCAGCACCGGGGAACAAUGGAUGCAGAAGACUAUAUCUUUCCACAAGCUGAAACUCACUAACAACAUCUCGGACAAACACGGAUUUACAAUUCUCAACUCGAUGCACAAGUACCAGCCUCGUUUCCACCUGGUCCGUGCAAGUGAUCUCCUCCGUCUCCCCUACAGCUCCAGCAAGACCUUUGUGUUCCCCGAAACUCAGUUCAUUGCAGUCACUGCCUAUCAAAAUGAAAAGAUCACCAAGCUCAAGAUUGACAACAAUCCCUUUGCAAAAGGCUUCCGGGAAAAUGGCGGCGGUAGCAAGGUCAAACGGCCCUUGGAUUCCUCAAAGUCCGAGCAUGAGACUUCAUCACUCGAAGGAAGCCACACCGACGAUGAUGACGAGAUAUGCGUUGAUGACGCUGACGAUCUGUCCCCCAGCAAGAGCGUGUCGGAAGCAGAGGACAGCAUCGUGAGUGAGAAGCGGGAAGAGUCUGAGGACGACAGACUUGCUGACACAAGAAAGAGUGAGCAGGACACGUCAUGCGACAUCGGAUCAAGUGACGUCAGCAAGUGCGACGUCAGUGACAGUGAAUCUGAAAAAGACAGUGUUGUGAAAGAAAGUCCCCAAAGAGACAAAGACUUGAGGAGACAAAAGAAAAUGUCAAAGACCAUUCUGUUGCCAGUCUGCUCAAACCCAGCGAGUCCAAACAAACUUACACACCAGUUAAAGACAUUAAAAGCCCACCCAAUGUUACAGUGUGUCAACGAUCCACGAACAAUCCAUUUUUCCCCGUCCACCCAUCCUCUCUUUAUCCAUCAAACAGUUCAGCAUUCCAUCAUCCACUCAGCUCCAUCUUCCUGAACUCUGCCGCGCAUGCGCAGUUGAGAAAUCCGCUUCUGUCGACGUCGGCGUAUGGAGUGCCAUCCUCAUCAUCGUCUCAUCCGCUCUUCGCACAGCAGCUUGCCUUGUCCCAGCUUGCGCUUGCGCAGCGAUACUCAUUCUCUUCCGGUAUGGCCGGAAACAUGGGUCCCGUAUUCUCGUCACACUCGUCCAACUCGAGAUUUCAACCCUACAAUAUGUCGCCCAUGACACCACCAAACUUUGGCAGAAGUCCAUCAAGUCCAAACUCGAACCAUUCAUCGUCUCCUAGUCUCUCUCCAGCCGGAAGCACCUCACCCGGCUCCGUCAUCAGUCCCGUUCCUAUGCGAGAUUUCACGAGAGGUCACUCCCUCUCCCCCGAUCACCUCUCUGCAUGAGAUUAACGUUUAAGAUGUGUUCUUAGUGCUCAGUGUACUUGUGUGAGUGGUUCACUGUGGAACAUUCUCCCUGUGUUUGUUAAUCGAUGGCGUCAACGGCUCUCAAUCCCUUCCUGGAUGUCCGAUGUCCGAGUCUACACCGAUGUUAUGUAAUGGACGAUCAACAACGGCGAUGUCGAAACUACUAAUAGAUGUUUCACCACAGUAUUCCUAGUCAAGGGAGAUAGGCGUUUCCAAUUCCGUGUGUCACGUGGUCUGUCGAACUUCCGAAAAUCAAGCGCUGGCGCUAGAUGAACUGAAAAUUGGUGCUUUAGAUUACGGGUGUUCAAAAUAAGACCACCAAGUUCUCAUUAUCCGUCUUUGGUCCAAAUUAACGACCUUUGAUCCCUUGGAGCCAACAGUCUGAAGACUAUGGCGCGAAAUAGUGCGUGCAAUAGGAUAUUAAAUAUGUUGUUAUUGUUACAGUAAUUUAAUUAAUGUAUAUUGAUGACGAAUGCACAAAGAGUAUUUUUUUCUGACUUGACUGAAUAAAUGUCACAGGAUAUGUA